UGUGGAUAGAACCCAGGAGUCCUGGUUCCCAGACCUCCCCCUUGCUCUAACCCACUAGACCCGACUGCCCUCCCAGAACUGUGGAUAGAACCCAGGCACCCGGGCUCCCAGCUCCCCCAGCUCUAACUCACUGGACCCCACUCCCUUCCCAAAGCCUGGAACAGAACCCAGGAGUCCUGACAACCAGUUUUAACGAUGGGACACCACUCGACUUUCUAUGGAACCCAGGAAUCCUGACUUCCAGUCGCAACCGAACCCUGCUCUAAGUGGUACACCCUAAUCCCCACGCUGCAGAACCCAGGAGUCCUGCCCACCCUUUCCUCCUCUAACCACUUCCCCCCACUUCUCCCAGGGGUGGGAAAGAGACCCCAGAAUCCUACACUUGAUUCACAUGCCCUUAGUAAGCCAGGAAGAGGAUCCAGGAGUCCUGCCAAGUCAUCCAUUGUGUGACCUGCUUCCCCAUGGCCCCCCAAGAUUUAAAGGAGAGGUGGCUUCAUGUAUCCCUGUGGUUUUUGUUUCUCAGCAGGAAGGGUGGUGAAUUUCUCAACAUGCUCCUGUGUCCAAAUUGUGUCACUGGUGGGUGGGGGCAGGGCUGGCGAGGGGACUAGGAACUGAUGGAAUGAAGCAUGUGGGGAUUUUAAAGUUUCCGUAUAACAUCUGCGCAUGUACCAGAGCCCCUCAAUAAAAGAGGGCAAGAGACAGAUAUUGGCAAAUCGUUUCUGCUUCACUGAGCUAUCUGUCUGCUCCACCCUUGGCAAACGUUACUCAGCCUGAAGCCCCUAAGGAGUUUUGGUAAGUCACAGCCCUCUGUUCUGUUGGUGCUCUAACCGCUACACCCCACUUCCCUCCCAGAGCAGGAAUAGAACCCAGGAGUCCUGGUCCCAGGCAUCCCUGGUCCAACCAUGAGACCCCAAUCCCCUCACAGAGCCAGUGAGAGAACCCAGGUGUCCUGGCUCUGGGCCCACUUCUCUAACCACUAGGUCCCAGUCCCCUCCUGGAGCAAGGACUAGAAUCAAAGUGGGCAAGCUGUCUCUUCCUGCCGUCGGGAGCAGCCUGCUUUGUCAUCCUCUGUCUAGAGAUCCACCGGCUUAGUCUCUCUAUACCAUACAGAGCAGCCUGCUUCGUCUCUCUCUUGUUUUGGGGUCUUGGCUGUAGUUUUGCUGGAGUCUCAUAAAGUAAGUCAUAUUACACUGCAACUUUCCAGCAGGAGUAUUAGAUAUUUGUCUGUUACUUCUCUGGGUGGGUGCCACGAACAUACCAGCCACAAAGGGGUCAGAGGUGCAGCUACCCCAGAACUCUGGCAAAUGGCUCCGUGGUUCCACUCACCCUGUCAACUGGCUCGUGCAUGGGCAAGUUUCCUUCUGAUCUUAUUUCAGCCCGUCUAUGACAAAUCCCCCAACUGGAGAAUUGGCUGCAUCACAGACCCCAGCGCUGAUCUACUGCUUCUCCAUCACCAUGGAGGCUUCUCUUGCCGCCUGCAUCCUCACUGCUCUCCUGGCUACGGGGGCCUGUCUGCAGUGUGAGGUUUGCGAUGGACCAGGAAUCAGCUGCUCGGGUGACUCAGAUACCUGCCAAAACACAGAAGACUCUUGUGGCAUCACUCUGACAGAAGACACAGUGGUGGGAGUGAAGACCCAGAACGUUCUCAAGAGCUGUUUGUCAUCCAGCCAAUGUAAAGCUGGAGCCAUCUCUAUGAAUUUCGGGACAGCAAAGGCCAGAAGGAUGAGCAUUGCUUGCUGUCAGAGAGACGACUGCACACCGGACCCUGUUAAAUUGCCCCCGGCUGACCCCAAACCCAACGGCCGGUGCUGUCGCGGUUGCUACGCGUUGAACGCUGAUCAUUGCAAUGAGCAAACCAUACAUUGUACUGGAGCUGAGACCCAAUGUUUGGACGUCGCCGGGCCCCUAAAAUCUGGUGGAAGCACCACUAAGAUCAUCAUGAAGGGCUGCGUUACUGAGUCCAUCUGUGCCCAGGUAAAUGCGGGUUCUGGGACCUUCCUGGGGAUCAGUGGAGAUCUACCCAAGCACAGAUGCACACCAGCCACCAGCGCAGCCAGCAUAGCUCUGGGACCAGCCGGGCUCCUCCUUCUCGCCCUCACUGGGCUCCACCUGCUGAAAUUUUUCUCCUGAUUCCUCACUCAGUGCAAUGGCCACGCCGCACUCGGUAACACCCCGACCUCCUGUAUUAGCCUCUCUCUGCAGCCGCUCUCCCCGCCCAGGGGCCCUGGGCUCCCGCCCGGAUUCACUUCCCCUUUAUAUUGAUCCGCUUAAUAAAACUAACUGGAG